CAGCGUGCUGAUUUUCCGGGGAGCCUCUGCACUGCACGUCCUUCGGGGGCCGGCCUCAGAUCCUGUGCACGGGCUACCCCCGCUGCCAAUCGGCCCUCUGCUCCCGCCUCAGCGGCCGCUGCAUGUUUGACCCUCUCGCGUUUUCCCUGCCCCCUCCCUCCCUGCCUGGCAGCUCCCACAGCACCCUCCUCUCGGUGGCGCACAUUCCCCACACCGCCAAGCCAGUGACAGCCGCGCAGCGAGCCGCAUACGCCGUCGGCGCGACCACCGGACAACAUGGCUUCUGGUGUCACAGUCAACGAUGAAGUCAUCAAGGUCUUCAAUGACAUGAAAGUGCGGAAGUCGUCUUCCUCUGACGAAAUAAAGAAGCGUAAGAAGGCAGUUCUCUUCUGCCUGAGCGAUGACAAAAAGAAGAUCGUCGUGGAAGAGGGCAAACAGAUUCUGGUCGGGGAUAUUGGCGAGUCUGUUGAUGACCCUUACGCCUGUUUUGUAAAGCUCCUACCUCUGAAUGACUGCCGAUAUGGCCUGUAUGAUGCCACAUAUGAAACAAAGGAGUCCAAGAAAGAAGACUUGGUAUUUAUAUUUUGGGCCCCUGAAGGAGCCCCUCUAAAAAGUAAAAUGAUAUAUGCCAGCUCUAAAGAUGCCAUCAAAAAGAAGUUCACAGGUAUCAAACAUGAAUGGCAAGUCAAUGGUUUAGAUGACAUUCAAGACCGCUCCACACUGGCAGACAAGUUGGGUGGCAGUAUGGUGGUAUCAUUGGAAGGGAGACCCUUGUAAACUGAAAGACACGUGCCAUUUGCAUCCCCAACGUCCAUCUUAGCAGCAUUGUCUGUACCCUAUGGUCUUCUUGGAACAGUUAUAGUAUUUCCACCCCAAAUGAAGGAGGUCUCACUAACUUAUAUAAAAGACUGGUUUUUGUCUACCGGUAGUUGACUUUUUCAGGUUUUCUGGUAGCUUUCUUAAAAGAUCUUGACUCAGAAGUCAAGGAAUAUUUUCAUUUCUAGUGUUUUGCCAAACAAAAGUAAGCCACAAUCGAAGAAGAAUGCUGAUAUCCCAGCUCACAAAAAACGCAUCGCUCACAACUAUUGCCAUAAAUAUAAAGUUGUGUAACUUACAGCUGAGAGGUUUCUUUCAAAUGCCUUGACAAUUGUGUGCACUGUUCUGGUGUUAGCCAAUAUAAACAAUUUGCACUCUGAAUUUUUCCGUGAGGCUUAUGUGUAACUAUUUAGCCUUGUUGACAGAGGUUUUUGACAGGGAAAAUUAUGUUUUACACUAUGCAUUCAAAAGCACUUUUUGUAAUUGUAUUUUUUUAAACGUUUCAGUUCAAGAAGGUAUAGAGAAAGGAAUGCCAACUGAACUUCUGUAUUUGUGUCAUUUAUGAAUUGACAUUACCUCAGUUUUCAUUCCUGUUCUGCACACGUAAAUGGAAAGAAGUGUGUUGCUGCUCUAUGGCCUUCUUGUGUUUAUCCGAAUGUACAGUACAAUCGCAGAAUAAAGAAACUCGGUGACACUAAAAAGGAAAUCUACACAAUCAGUCAACAUGGCGUUAUCAGUGUGAUUGGAGCCUUAAAUAAUGUGAUUUUUUUUUUUAAUCAGCAAAGUUUCCACUUUGCAAUAAAACCUUGUGGCUGAUAUAUUGGUGACAUGUCUUUUGUUCCCGUUCCUUAAAGUUUUGUGCUUUACCAUUAUCUCUGUAUAUAAUUAUUUAUAUGUAUGAUGUAUGUAUAAUUCUGCAUAUGGGUUUGCAACACAUUUCAGUUGGAUUAAGCAUACAACACAGGAUACCUCUUUAUAUAUCCAUUCUAAUCAUCCAGAAAUGUUUUAUUCAUUAUUGGCAAUACUUUGUUUUCUUCGACUAUAUUAUUAUUAUUUAAAGAUCUGUGACAUAUAUAACAUUUGAUAAAACUAAGGCUGUUGUUCAAUAUAAUAGUAACACUCCAGUGGUUAUAGUCAUGAAUGUUUGCUGGAUUGUGAACUGCCCCCUCAAAGUUCUUAUCUAGUGAAAAUGACUUUUUGAUAAAACCUUUCCUAAACAUGUAAAAAUAAACAAUUGAAUAGAAAAAUACAUUCAGUUGUUUAGGUGGCCAAGAGCUUCCAUGAAAGCAUUGUCUUAUAGUGGAGAUAGCAACUUUUACAGGAGCCAGUGGCUGCUUCUCCUUGUGGAGAAUUUGAUCUACUGCUGCCGAGCAGCCCUUUGCUGGUCAGAGCUAUUUAUGGCCAACACAUGCUUUUGUGUCUUGUCAUCGUUGUCUACAAAUGGCAAAACUGGACGCGAUUCCAGAGCUCUGCUGAAAGGAAGCCCCGUCGAGCAGCCAGUACAAAGAGUGUUUUGCAGAGAGCAGAGCAGGGGAUAGCAAAAUGCACAAAUGUCAUGUCUAACAAAGCCUUUGUGCAUGAGAAAGCACAUUAAAUCAAGGCUCGUGACAGUAAUCCUAAAAUGCUGCUACAGAGUGUGAUUUAUGUUUUAGAUGAAUGGUCUGUUUUCAAAGAUUUUGUGUUAAAGGCCUGCUUUUAGUAUGAAAGCCUAGACUAAAUUUUUGCCCUAGUCUGUAACUUCAGCAGCAGAUUUCCCAGCUGUCAUGAAGACACGACCUGCUAUUACUUAAUAAUUUCUCAUGUAGUCAGAGGUGUGAGGAGAUAAAUGAUUUUUGAUUACCUACAUUAUGGCUCCUGUUCUUUUAUUGUGAGUUGAUUAAUUUACCUAAAAAAAACCUGCCUUUUAUCAACACUAUAAUCAGUUGUUAUAGGCACAGUGCUAGGUUCGUGUGUGUGUGUUGAGACCCCAGCACAUAUUUUUUGUUUCACUCAUCUCUUAGUGUAUGGGUAUGCAUCUCUGAAUUUUAUAUAUAUAUAUAUGUAUUUAGGGGCGGCAUGGUGGUGCAGUGGUUAGCACUGUCGCCUCACACCUCUGGGACCCGGGUUCGAGUCUCCGCCUGGGUCACAUGUGUGCGGAGUUUGCAUGUUCUCCCCGUGUCGUCGUGGGGUUUCCUCCGGGUACUCCGGUUUCCCCCCACAGUCCAAAAACAUGCUGAGGCUAAUUGGAGUUGCUGAAUUGCCCAUAGGUGUGCAUGUGUGAGUGAAUGGUGUGUGAGUGUGCCCUGCGAUGGGCUGGCCCCCCAUCCUGGGUUGUUCCCUGCCUCGUGCCCAUUGAUUCCGGGAUAGGCUCCGGACCCCCCGCGACCCAAUAGGAUAAGCGGUUUGGAAAAUGGAUGGAUGGAUGGAUAUAUGUAUUUAUAUGUAUAUGUGUGUGUGUGUAUAGAGAGAGAGCGCGAACAAACUCCAGCCUGGCUGUUCCCUGUUUCUCAUUAAUGAAGGGCUUCUUCCUUGCUUUAUGGUUCUUCAGUCCUGCUUCUAGGAGCCUGAUACAAACUGUCCUAGCAGUUCACUUCACACCUGCACUUAAUGUUUCUCAUUUCUUUUUUCUUUUUCUUUUAACUUAACAGUCAUCUCUGGCAUUAGAGUGUCGCUUCCGCCCUUUACCUAGCUGGUUUCUGGUCGUUCCUAGUGUCUCCCGCUUCACCUUGUUAUGUGUGCUGCUGCCUAAAAAUUUGAAUCUGGAAGCAUCCAGCUGCUCAGCGGAGGCUUCUGCCAGAGGAAUCACAAUUAAACCAUAAUGUUAAAAAUGCAGUUUUGUUUAAAAACAAAUUCAGUGGCUGUAUAUCUCACAGAUCUCUUAAGUUUUGGGUUUUAUUUGUCAAAUGCACAAACAUACACUGUACAUCUGUGCAGUGAAAUGCCUUUUCACCCUCUACCAGGAUUGUGCUUAAAAUUAAAUAAAUGUGAUACAAAGUU